AUGGAAUAUCUUUCGAGUGAAGCGACUGUGACGCCCACCAAGCCAGUUCCAUUUAGUCCUGAGAACUCUUUAUUUCGCCUUCCCAACGCAAAAGAGAAAGCUAAGAGAAACGAUGCCUAUACGAAGGAAGCAACAGACUGUAUCGUGUUACCAGCUCAAUUCUACUCUAGCGGCACGCUACAGAGCUUAACUCUCGAGCAUGGCGUAGACGCUUUCUUAGCUAUCGAAAUAGACGUAUCCCGUCUGAACCAGAUCCACCAGCAUCUCUGGAUGGUGGGCCAAGCAGGUCCUGGUCGGCCGCUUCACCAACAUAUCGUCUAUGGCCGGAAGAUUGCUUGUACAGAACAGACUGACCUCCACCUGCUUUGGGAGGAUUCAAGGCUUUUCGUCAAACCUUGCCCCGAUUACCUCUUAUCAUAUGGGUUCUGGGAACGUCAUUUAUGCCAUAAAUCCGAGCUAUGGGGGACUGCUGUCGGGCUCCUCCUGUCAUACACAUGGCUCGUUCAACACCGGUCUGAUUUGAGAAUUGCCCAUGCUGAAGGCAUCCUGCCGGAGUCAAUAACGUGGGAGCGCUGGACGGCCUUUACAGCCUCUUUGGCCCAAACGAUGGAAGCCGAAGGUGUUGACAAUAUCAACCCGCGAUUUCGAUACGGGAAUUUACGACUCUCGCGUGUCAACUGGAUAUAUCGUAUAUCCGCUCGAUCACGUACAGGCCACGCCCUUAUCAAUGGCUUCUUCAAUAUUUAUCCCAGCUACACUAGCUUUCUUGCCCGCAACACCGCACCUAUUACUGUCGCGGCUGUAUACCUUGCUUUGAUUCUGACUGCGAUGCAGGUGGGACUGGCUACGCAUCGUUUAGGGGAAAGCCAGACUUUUCAAAAUGUGUCGCUGUUCGCCACUUUACUUGCCAUUAUCGGUCCAUUGAGUAUAUUAGUGGUGCUGGUGGUAUUUGUCAUGAGCUAUAUAUUUGUUUGGAAUUUGUUUCGUACGAUGUUGCAGCAGAGGGGAUGGAAGGUGAAAUGA